GCUACUGAGCUGUGGGUGCAGACUGGGUGCAGGGAUGGGCGCUGCCAGACGAGCCCCGGACUUUCACUGCCUCCUCUUUCUGCUUCUCAUGGUACCGGGGUGCCAGGUUCGGGCAUUUGGGCCGGGAAGGGAUCGCAAAGCUCUAGAUUCCGACAGCGCAGAACUUCUCAUCGGUUCCCAUACUGCCCGGGCACCAGGACCCGGGGGGAACCCAAUGGGGCACAUUCGGAUCCAAAUGCCCCGGGGCACAAGUGCAGAUCCCGUCACCCUCGGGCAGAACCGGGCAGCUGCGGAGAGAUUGCCGGCCCCCGGGCCCGUUACCAGCCCUUCCCUGCUCAUCCCCACACCGCCAAUAGGUACCCACCCGGUGAUACAUUCCCGCAAACUUACCGCUAUGCGCCCUGGGGCAAAUUCUGCCCCAUCAACUUCCAUCCCACCCCCAGCUAUUGCCCCAUCAACUUCCAUCCCACCCCCAGCUAUUGCCCCAUCAACUUCCAUCCCACCCCCAGCUAUUGCCCCAUCAACUUCCAUCCCACCCCCAGCUAUUGCCCCAUCAACUUCCAUCCCACCCCCAGCUAUUGCCCCAUCAACUUCCAUCCCACCCCCAGCUAUUGCCCCAUCAACUUCCAUCCCACCCCCAGCUAUUGCCCCAUCAACUUCCAUCCCACCCCCAGCUAUUGCCCCAUCAACUUCCAUCCCACCCCCAGCUAUUGCCCCAUCAACUUCCAUCCCACCCCCAGCUAUUGCCCCAUCAACUUCCAUCCCACCCCCAGCUAUUGCCCCAUCAACUUCCAUCCCACCCCCAGCUAUUGCCCCAUCAACUUCCAUCCCACCCCCAGCUAUUGCCCCAUCAACUUCCAUCCCACCCCCAGAUAUUGCCCCAUCAACUUCCAUCCCACCCCCAGCUAUUGCCCCAUCAACUUCCAUCCCACCCCCAGCUAUUGCCCCAUCAACUUCCAUCCCACCCCCAGCUAUUGCCCCAUCAACUUCCAUCCCACCCCCAGCUAUUGCCCCAUCAACUUCCAUCCCACCCCCAGCUAUUGCCCCUUCUGUUGCCUUUCUCCAAUCACAUCCUCCAUUCCUUCUUUCUUCUGCCCCCUCUAGUUUGCCCCUUUACCCCCUGCCCCGCCGCUCUGUCCGCUCCCUCCUGCCCUCGGCAUUCUCCUGCUCCCACACGGUCCGGGUACCUGCGGUUGGUGCCCUGGGAGAGACCAUCUUCAUUGUGCCAGACCGGAGGUACCGGGGCAAGUGGUUUGAGAUCAGCUGGCCCCCUGACCCACCGGUGCGGAUAGAGAGCGGAUCGGGACGGGUGUAUCUGACUCACCGGCUGCAGGGGGGACAGACCGAGGUGCAGGUGAAAGUGCGCAACCUGGAGAAAGACAGUGACUGGUAUUUAUGCCAUAUAACAAUUGUUGUGCCAAAAGAGGAGAGCUUGGAGUGGGCAAUGUAUCCAUUUCCUUACCUGGCUUGUGUUGAUGCUGAAGCACCAAAAGGCACCCCUGUAUACCAGCUGCUAGCUCAUUACUACAACGAUGAAAGUUCCAGCAGUGGAAUUUCUUACUACCUAAUGGAAGGUGCUGACCAGAGGUUUGAAGUUGAUAAGGAUACAGGGGCUAUAAGAACAACAGGUUUACCUCUGGCUUGGAAUAAGGAACAUGCUCUGACAGUACAGGCUACUGAUAAACGUGGGAAGAAAAGUCCAUAUGCCUCUAUCUCCAUCUUGGUGGGAUCUCGCCCCCCUCAGUUUACUAAUAUGACUUAUAGUCUAUAUGUUCCAGAAAGCACCGCCGUCGGUGAAAAAAUAGCUGUUGUGGAAGCCGUGUCUUUCCAAAACAAGCGGAUUUCAUACUUCUUGCUCAUGAACCCUAGCGGUCUGUUUGCAAUUACCCAGGAGAGUGGGGAGCUGAGUCUGACACAUGCAGUGGACUAUGAGAGUGAGCAUCACCUCUAUCACUUGCUCGUGAAGGCUCUGGAGAUGGACAGUGGGCUUAGCAGCGUCACAGAGGUAAUGAUUCAUAUCACAGAUGACAACGAUUGCUCCCCAGAAUUCCUACAGUCUAUCUACAGCCGUGACAGUAUUUUGGAAACGAUCCCUGUGGGCACGUCCUUGCUGCAAGUUCUAGCACAGGAUUGUGAUUCUGGAUCCAACGCUGAGAUUUCCUAUUAUACUCAGAGUUUGGAAUUUUCCGUCACACCUCAAGGUGUCAUCCAUUCCAGCCAGCUCCUGAACUAUGAACGUGCCAACCACAUGUACGAAUUUGUGGUAGUAGCCGUAGAUAGUGGGAAACCUCCUCUGACUGGAACUGCUUCUGUUCGACUCCGUAUGGCCAAUGUUAAUGACGAGGCACCUGUUUUCUCCCAGACUGUCUACAACACUUUCCUCUCAGAAGAUGCAGGCGCUGAUACAUUGGUGGCAACUGUGCAUGCUAAAGAUCCUGAUGGGGAUGGUGUGACCUAUGUGAUUGUUGGAGGGAACGAGGAGGGUAACUUUGAGUUGGACAACCAGAAAGGUAUCUUAAAACUCAGUAAGACUCCUCGGCCAAAGUUAAUGAAACGCCAGUAUUUGCUCAAUGUGUCGGCCAUUGAUGACAAUGCCUCAGGAGGGCCUUCAUCUCUGCGUAGCUUUACUCAGGUUGUUGUGGGAAUAUAUGAUGUGAAUGACAACAAGCCGGUCUUCAGGGAGUGUGCUCAGUACAGUGAAGUUACAUCAGUUCUAGAAAACCAGCCUCCUGGCACCUUUGUCCUGCAAGUGGAGGCCCAUGAUGCCGACAGCGGCCUGAAUGGACAAGUGAAAUACAGCCUUAUGCACAGAGAGGGGACAAGGCUGGCUUUUAGCAUUGACCCAGACACAGGUUUGAUCACUACUUUGCAAAGCUUUGACCGAGAGAAGCAGAGGGAAUACAGCAUUUCCGUGAUUGCCACCGAUCAGGCGCAAGAGCCUUUAAUUGGUAUCUGUCAAGUAACCAUUCACAUCGCUGACAUCAAUGAUAACGACCCCAAAUUUGAGAACAGUCGCUACCAAUAUUUCCUGCGUGAAGACACACCCGUUGGGACAAGUUUCCUUCGUGCCACUGCACUGGAUGAUGACCAAGGAGUCAAUGCUGCCAUUAAUUACUCUAUAGCUCAGCAACAACCAGAAUAUUUUAGGAUAAACCCCAGCACAGGAUGGGUGUAUGUUAAUCAGCCCAUCUCCCAGACCUCACUUAUCACUCGGCACAUUGUAGCCACAGAUGGGGGGAAUCGGAGUAGCAAUGUGGAGCUCACCGUGACUGUCACUAAUGUACUCAACCAGCCGCCACAAUGGGAGCAGUCGAAGUACUGGGUGUCUGUGCCUGAGGAUGUGGCACGUGAUACCAAGAUUGUGACUGUCAAGGCUGUUUCUCCACGUGGUGACCCAAGAGUUACAUAUAACAUGGAGGAUGGCUUAGUAUCAGAGACAAACAAUCCGAUUCGCUUCUACCUUAAACCCAAUAGGUCAGGUAGUUCAGCUUCAGUACUGGUGUCUGAACCUCUUGACUAUGAGGCAACACAGUUCUUCACUUUAAAAAUAAGGGCCCAGAAUGUGGCGGCAGUACCGUUGGCAUCUUUUGCUAUUGUCUAUGUCAACGUUACAGAUGUCAAUGACAAUGUUCCGUUCUUCACUUCCUCUGCCUAUGAGGUGACCGUACCUGAAGGAGCAGAAAUCGAUACCUCAGUAGCACAGGUUUUAGCCACUGAUUUAGACUCUGGUCUCCAUGGAAAGGUUACGUAUGUCAUACUGAGGGAUGGAAGCGAAGACCAUAAGUUUUUUUCCAUUGAUUCAGAAAGUGGGGUUAUAUAUACAAGGUCAACAUUUGAUAGAGAGAAGCAAUCGUCUUACUUAAUUGAAGUCCAGUCUCAGGACUCCUCAGAAUCAGCAAGGCCAGAAAAGCAAGGCCAACCAAACUCAGAUACGGCCUAUGUAAGGAUAUUUGUAAGUGAUGUCAAUGACAAUGCCCCAAGGUUCCCAAUGCAGAGAUAUGAGACCAGUGUGGAAGAAGAUAAAGAUGUGGGUUAUGUGGUUAUAACAGUAAAUGCUAGUGAUGAAGAUGAAGGAGCCAAUGCAAAACUCAGAUAUCAGAUUACAAAUGGAAAUUCCAAGGGGAUAUUUGAUGUAGAUCAAGAGAUCGGAGCAAUCUUCAUAACUCAAGCUUUAAACUACGAACAGGACACCCAAUUUGAGCUGAGGCUUGUGGCCUCUGAUGGCAAGUGGGAAAACCAUACUCUUGUUCUUAUUAAUGUCAUUAACUUGAAUGACGAAGUUCCGAUUUUCUCACAGACCGAAUUCCACGGCAGCAUUCUUGAAGCGAUAACUGAUCUCCCAGUCUAUGUGCUACAGGUUUCCGCAACUGAUCCUGACCAAGAAGCAGAUCAGAGCGCUCUUCAAUACUCUUUGCAUGGACAAGGAGCCAAUAGUGAAUUUAUUAUCGACCAAUUCAAUGGAAAAAUAUAUAUCCAGAAGGAACUAGACCGGGAACAACGAGCAACGUGGCGUUUCCUUGUUCUUGCUACUGAUGAAAACGGGGAAGGCCUGACGGGAUUUGCUGAUGUCAUUAUAGAUGUCAAAGAUGUGAAUGAUAAUGAACCAACAUUCUUAUGUACAACCGAUGGCUGUUUCAUGGGAUAUAUACCAGAAAAUUCUCCUGCAGACACUACUGUCAUGGAGAUGACAGCAUUUGAUCUGGAUGAUCCCAAGUCUGGGCGGAAUGCACUCCUUACAUACAGAAUUGUGCAAAAUGUACAGAAUGAGAUCAACCUUAACUUGUUUGCUAUUCACCCAUCAACUGGCUCCAUUUACACCGUCCUGGGCUCACUUGACAGGGAGAAAAAUGAUAAAUAUUUGAUUGUUGUUGAGGCAAAAGAUGGAGGAGGGCUCUCUGGCACAGGCACUGCCACCAUACUCAUAUCAGAUAUCAAUGAUCAUGCUCCUGUCUUUACACAAAAUGUUUAUACUGCCAUGGUCCCAGAAAACUUUACCAUUAACAGUGAGGUGGCAGUCCUGUAUGCCUGGGACUUGGAUGAAGGAGAAAAUGCUAUGAUGACUUUUAGCAUCAUUGGAGGAGAUGAUGACCGAAAGUUCUUUAUAGAGACAGAUAAAAUUCACAAACGGGGUAUAAUCCGGCUGCGGAAAAAGAUGGACUAUGAAAGGAUCCACGAACGGUCAUUUAACUUGACUGUAAAAGUGGAAGACAUGGAUUUCUAUAGUAUUGCUUACUGCGUCAUUCAAGUUGAAGAUUCAAAUGAUCAUGCACCUGUUUUCUACCCGGCUGUUUUGGAAGCGAUAUCGCUGCCAGAGGAUGUUUCCAUUGGCACCACCGUAGUUCACUUAUCAGCAAUUGAUUUAGAUUCUGGUCAGAAUGGAAAGUUUUCCUAUCACAUUCUGAAUUCUUCUGACGUUGGAGGUCUUUUCUCUGUUGCCACUGAUGGCUGGGUUGUAGUGGCUGGUCACCUAGAUAGAGAAACAUUGGCUGAACACAACUUGGUGAUACUUGCCACUGACCUAGGAGAGCCAGCACUCACUGGAAGUACGAGUGUCCUGAUCAUCAUCGGGGAUGUGAAUGACAACGCACCUGAGUUUGAAGCCCAGUAUAGUCCCAUGAUUUGGGAAAAUACAGAGAGUCCACAUAUCUUACAAGUAAACAAGACUUCAACAUUAUUACACGUGCGGGACAAUGACACAGAAGUUAAUGGGGCACCGUUUGCUUUCUCUUUAGUGCACGAUCCAUUUAAUGUCCACGAUUUCAGUCUUCAGGAUCUUCACAAUGGAAGUGCAAUAAUCACUGUUCUUCGUAGCUUUGACAGGGAAGUGCAUCAGGUAUUUUAUUUGCCAAUUUUAAUAACUGAUAGUGGGAAUCCCCCUCUGUCCUCCACCAACACAUUAACCAUUCUUAUUGGAGACAUAAAUGACCAUCCUCAUUCUUCAGGACACUUGGACUGUACAGUCUACAGCUACAAAGGUAUCCUUCCAACAGUCACUCUUGGUAAGGUCCCAGCUCCAGACUUAGAUGAAUGGGAGCACAAAAUGUAUUAUCUUGAAGGAAAGUCAAGAGUCUUCUCCCUUAAUGAAGCAACAGGCCUGCUAACCAUGAAAGAGGGGGCCAUACCCGGUGUCUAUAAGCUAAGAGUAAAAGUGUCUGAUGGAACCUGGCCAGAUGUUAUAUCAACUGUAAGGAUUGUAGUACAUGAUAUCACAGAAGAAGCUGCUCUGAAUGCCAUAUCUGUAAGGAUAUCCGGCUUCACUGCAGAAGACUUUGUCCUGCGGCCACCAGAUAAAAUCAGUAAAUAUGAGCUGAUGAAGUAUUUACUCCUGGAAAUCCUGCAGGCUGAGCUGGACAACAUUCAUAUAUUCAGUGUGUUGAACACCCCUGGACUUUCCGGCUGUAUGGAUAUUUGGUUUGCAGUGUCUGGGGACACAAGGCACCAAGCAGAGAAACUGAAUGGGAUUGUGGCUUCUUCUAGAGAGAAGAUAGAAUCCACACUGGGGGUCCAGGUGACACAGAUUGGUGAAUAUGAAUGUGAGAAUGUUAAAUGCAGUCACCAGACUGGCUGUUUAGUAAGAAGCUCGUACAAACAAACACCCACCAUGAUAACAGCAGGAAGCGUCUCCUUUGGUUCUGUAACCAUAUUGACUAAAGCCCUCUGCUCCUGCCCUUCCCGAGAGCAUCAGCACCUCUCCUGUUCCUCCUAUGAAAGAAAUCCCUGCCUUAAUGGGGGCAUCUGUGUUGAUGGCAACAUGGGCUACAGGUGUGAGUGCCCCUUGUCUUUCCACGGACCAGAAUGCCAGCAAACCAAACACACCUUCAUAGGGCAGGGUUAUGCCUGGUUUCCUCCUAUGGCUCUUUGUUACGAAAGCCAAAUCUCCUUGGAUUUUAUUACUGAGAAAGGCAACGGCCUUCUGCUAUUUAAUGGCCCUAUGUCACCCAGCAAGUACAGACAAACAGAGGACUUCAUUGCUUUGGAACUUCAAAAUGGGUCUCCUUUACUGGCCAUUAACCACGGCUCUGGAACACUGCUCCUUCAGUUUAGCACCAAACAAAAUCUGGCCGACCGACGUUGGCAUAACAUAAGGAUUGAGAGCAAUGGGAAGAAAGUGAAGAUGAUCCUUGAUCAUUGUUCAGAUGCCCUUGCGAAUGAAGCAGAUGGCAUUCGGCAGCCUCUCCAUGAUCGAUCAUCUUGUGAAGUUUCCACAGGAACUCCUGGAAACAAGAGGUUUCUUGAUGUUUACCAACCUCUGCAACUUGGAGGUGUGAAACACGUUCUACCUUCCCUCCAUCCUGCACUUCAGUUCAGUGGAUUUAUCGGCUGCCUCCGAAAUCUAAAGGUGGACAGCAAGGUUUAUGAUUUGGAGCAGCCACUGGAGUCAUUAAAUAGCAUCCCAGGAUGCACCAUGACUGAUGGGCUGUGCGCGGUGACUGGAUCCCCCCCCUGCGGAGGCCAUGGCUUCUGCAUAAGUGAUUUGAGCUCCAUCAGAUGUCAUUGCCACCCUGGGUAUCAUGGUGACAACUGUGAGACAGUGCUUCAGGAAUGGAACUUUGAAAAGGACAGUUGGAUUCAUUACCAGUUGCACAUUUUGCCGAGCCUGCACAGCUUAUCAGUGCAGCUGAUGGUUCGCACACGUAUGGCCUCGUGCACUAUUCUGAGCUUUGUAUCAACAAACAAAUCUUCCUUCUUAAGGUUAGAGGUGGUUGAAGGUAAUUUUGCUGUGCGGUUUAAUUUUGGAGAAAGAGAGCAUUUAAUCACGCUGCCAGCUUUAAGAAUAGACCAUGGUCAGUGGACUUCUCUGAGUUUUGAGCGCUAUGACAAUUCCUUCACGCUAAUGAUAAAUAAGGGAGGUGGAGACCAUGAGUUAACGUCUGUUAUGGGGACAAGUCGGCUGUUUGAUGUGGAUUCAUCAUCCAUCUUGUUGGGAACCAGCUUGCUUCAAGGAGGAAGGAAUGAUUUCCAGGGAUGCCUCCGGGACAUUCGAUUAAAUGGUCGCCACCUUCCUUUGGAUGGACUGGAGAAUGGGUACAGCUCAACUGUCAGCGUGCAAGGAGUCAGCCGCGGAUGCCAUUCAGAUGCCUGCAGGAGUCAGCCCUGUCAAAGUCCACUCAAUUGCAUUGAUUUAUGGAGAAAAUAUGAAUGCAGGUGCCCAGCAGAUGAGGUUGAAGUGAUUAAUAACAUGACUGGCCAGAAGCACUGUUAUCCAUCCCCGUGUAUGAGAUGGAGUUGCCGAAAUGGUGGCACUUGUGUUGCUCAGUCCCAUCAGAAGUAUGUUUGCCAAUGCAGAGAUGGAUACAAAGGAAGGAUCUGUGAAAGCAUCCAGAUAAAUACAGCCAAGAUGAUUGGCCUGAGCUCUGGCUCUAUUCUAGCUAUAAGCAUGUGUCUGCUCAUCUUUAUAGCUUUGCUGGUAUCCUACACGGUGUGGAGUCAGUGGGGAAGCUCCAAGUUCCACAAAGGUGGCGUUUAUCAUAUCCCCCCCGAGCAUGAGAGCUGGGAGGACAUCAGGGAGAGCGUCAUUAAUUUCAGUGAGGAGAGUGGAAUAGAGCACAACCAGUGCUGGAAGAAAGCAAGCAAAGCAAGUGGAGAAGUAGUCCACAAGAGUACAAAGAUUACUAAUGGAUACGAUAAGCAUAAACUGAAAAGGCCUCUCCGGGAAAAUGUCCAGCAGCUCUGCUCUUCUGAAAAUGACUUGGUCCUCCCAAGGCCACAUCAACCAGCAGAGGAAAGUCACACGGGGAAGUCUACAAAUGCAACGUUUCAUAAGUUACAAAUAUCUACAGAGAACAGACAUCCCAGCUUCCAGUUUUAUGUACCUCAAAUGCUUUGGGCUGCCGAUAAUGACAUGAAAAGCCAUCCGCCUGACCUGCUUCAUAGUUACACCACCGAGGGCCAAGGUUCUCCUACUGGGAGCCUCAGUUCCCUGGACUCCUCCAGCACUGACGAAGAUUUCAAUUAUGACGUCCUCCAGGAAUGGGGCUCUAAAUUUGAUAGACUCAAGGAACUGUACCGCUCCCCCAGUGACAAGGAUACAUAGCUACUAAGGACUGUGAGACACAAAAUGCUGCACUGGUUUAUGCUAUAGGCAUAAGAAUAUUUUGGACAAUUAAUGCCCUGUGGUAAAUAAAAUUCCAGGAUACAGUGGCCUCUUGAGCAAAUUUAUUUGGGUAUAAAGGAAAAGAAUAAAUAACCGCUAUAGUAUUAA